AAGCAAAGCGGAUAACAGAAUAUUCUGGAACAUACUACGUUAUCCUUUCACUUCCUAUAAAUAUCAAUGCAUCAAACAAGAGUGAGUUACCUGAGUUCGAUCAAGCUACAGCCUGUGUGAAGUUAUAAAUCUCUGCCAAGUAUCAUACUCAUAAGCAUGUCGAUAAUUCCAAGGUUGUUCGGUGGGCGAAGAAGCAACGUCUUCGAUCCAUUCUCUCUGGAUGUGUGGGAUCCCUUCAAGGAUUUUCCUUUUCCUGAAUCUGGUCGAGAAAAUUCUGCAUUUGUGAGCACUCGUGUUGAUUGGAAGGAGACCCCAGAGGCACACGUGUUCAGGGCUGACAUUCCAGGACUGAAGAAGGAGGAGGUGAAGGUGGAGAUCGAAGAUGAUAAUGUUCUUCAGAUAAGCGGAGAGAGGAAUGUCGAGAAAGAAGAUAAGAACGACAGGUGGCAUCGCGUGGAGCGUAGCAGUGGGAAGUUCUUGAGGAGGUUCAGAUUGCCGGAGAACGCAAAAGUGGAGAAAGUGAAGGCUUCUAUGGAGAAUGGUGUUCUCACUGUCACUGUUCCUAAGGAAGAGGUUAAGAAGGCAGAAGUGAAGGCCAUUGAAAUUUCUGGUUAAGCUUAUAAUUGGUUACUUUGCUGAAAGUGGAGUGUUAUGUGUUUGUUGUAAGGAUUUGUGUGUGAUGGAUGCUACAAAGGUGUUGUAAAAUACAUGUAAUGGUUGUUGAGAAAUAAAAUUUCAUUUGGAUA